GAGUUGUCAGUGAGAAGAGACGCACCAACAGACAGACGUUUUCAGCUGCUUUCACAGACUAAAUGGCUUCCAUGUCAGAGGAGAAUUUCUGCUGUUCGGUCUGUCAUGAAAUCUUCAGAGAUCCGGUUCUUCUGUCAUGUAGCCACAGCUUCUGUAAAGACUGUCUGAAGAGCUGGUGGGCAGAGAAACAGACACAGGAGUGUCCAGUUUGUAAAAGAAGAUCUUCAAGGCCAGAACCACCUCGUAACCUGGAGUUAAAGAAGCUGUGUGAGAGUUUCUUACAGCAGAGAGAUCAGAGAGCUUCAGAGGCUCUCUGCAGUCUGCACUCUGAGAAACUCAAACUCUUCUGUCUGGACCAUCAGCAGCCAGUGUGUCUCGUCUGUCUACAUUCAGAAAAACACACCAACCACAGAAUCAGACCCAUCGAUGAAGCUGCACGACAACACAAGAAGGAACUUCAGAAAACUCUGGAGCCGUUAAAGGAGAAGAUAAAGGUUUUUGAACAAGUUAAAGUGAAGUGUGAUCAAACAGCAAAACACCUGAAGGUCCAGGCCCGACGCACAGAGAGACAGAUUAAGGAUCAGUUUAAGAAGCUUCACCAGUUUCUAGAAGAGGAAGAGGAGGCCAGGAUGGCUGCACUGAGGGAGGAAGAGGAGCAGAAGAGUCAGAAGAUGAAGGAGAAGAUGGAGGCUCUGAGCAGAGAGAUAGCAGCUCUUUCAGACACAGUCAGAGCCACAGAGGAGCAGCUGAGAGCUGAAGACGUCUCAUUCCUGAUCAACUACAAGGCUGCAGUGGAAAGAGUCCAGCAGAGCCCCCUGCUGGAGGAUCCACAGCUGCUCUCAGGAGCUCUGAUAGACGAGGCCAAACACCUGGGCAACCUGAGCUUCAACAUCUGGAACAAGAUGAAGGAGAUGGUCUCCUAUUAUCCUCUGAUUCUGGAUCCAAACACUGCUCAUCCAAGACUCAUCCUGUCUGAAGAUCUGACCAGUUUUAGACUAGGAGAGGAACAGCAGCUUCCUGAUAAUCCAGAGAGGUUUGAUUAUCACUGGUAUGUCCUGGGCUCUGAGGGCUUUAACUCAGGGACUCACAGCUGGGAUGUCGAGGUUGGAGACAGUACAUUUUGGAGACUGGGUGUGUUAGCAGAGUCUGUCCAGAGGAAGGGAGGCUUACCUUCUGGAUUAUGGAGAAUAUGGUUCUCAAAAGGUAAAUACUCAGCUCUGUCUCCAUCAGCUGCAGACACUGUUCUUCCAUUUAAGAAGAAGCUCACAAGGAUCAGAGUGACUCUGGACUGGAACAGAGGAAAGCUGUCGUUCUCUGAUCCUGAUACUAACACACACAUACACACCUUCACACACACUUUCACUGAGAAGAUGUUCCCAUUAAUUUACACUUUUUGUAAUCUGAAGAUAUCACCACUGAAUGUCUGUGUGACAAAACAACAUGUCUAACGGAGUCUGUAAUUUUAGGUGAUGAUAAUAAUAGUAAAAAAGUAUUCACUUCCUAAAUGUAAAUUUGGUCCAUCUAUUAUAUAUAGAAUGAAUAUUAACAGAAUAAUGGUUGUUAAUAUAAAGGAUAGUAAACUGAUUGCAGCGGUACAGAAAACGGCUGAAUGAAAAUUAAUGAAACACAACAAAAGGUUUAAAAAGCUAAAAGUAAUCCUAAUGCAAUCUAAAAUAAUCAGAAAUAAAACAAACAGAAUAUACAAAUGGAGGCGAUACUAAAAAGUGACAGGAGUUACAGCCACACUCAACAGGAGGGGCAACUAGAGAGAAGUGGCCAAAAACUUCAUGCAAAAACAACAAACGAAAUUAAAUAAUAAAUCAAUCAAAAAAACAAGUCACAACAAAAGGCAUAAGUUAAAACAUGCACAUAAGAGAAGAAUUGGCCACUUAGUUCACUAUAAACUCUCUCUCUCCCUCCCCCUCUCUCUCUCUCCCUCUCUCUCUCCACAUGUAACUCUCUUAUAAGAAUGCUUACUUGCUUCCGUAUUUUUAAGUUAACCUGCCGGUUUAAUACUGAUGUUUUUACAUGUAAAUAUGGAUGUUAAGAUGAAACAUUAUUAUUGUUGUUCUGUUCUGUCAAUCCAUUGAAAUUGUUGUGAUUAUUUUAGUGUUUAAUGUCUGUGUAGUUU